ACAUAGCUUUGUGGUCGCUCACUAACUCGAAUGAGAAGGGUUAUCGAACGCCGUCUCUAAACGCCUGCCGUCCCGAUUCUUCAGGAAGGCGGCUCCAAUGGCGAUGCGGUGGCUGGCGAGGACGGCGAUGCAGUUACUGCCGGAGCAGCCGGCGGUGCGCUCAUUCUCCUCUAUGUUGCCUUCUGCGUUUUCGGAGGCGUCGGCUGCGAUUGGUUCAGUGGUGCCGUGCGGUCGCGGGGACAAAAAGACGAAACGGGGGAAGCGAUUCAAGGGGUCGUUCGGCAAUUCGCGGGGUAAACGGAAGAAGAUGAUCCAGCGCAUCAAGGACCGCGUCGAGGUCCCCAGGUCUACCCCCUGGCCCCUCCCUUUCAAACUUAUAUGAAACCCCAACUCGUAUCUAGGUCCGGGUUUUGUUCCACUGUAAAAGAUGUGACUUUUCUCUUCAUGAUUAAUAUGUUGUCGUACCAACUUUGUUGCUUUUGGUUGUGACAUAUGAAUCUUUGAUGGCCUAUCGUUGUGAUAUUAAGUGUACUGAAAUAAGUUCUCCA